UUUCUAUGGUAGAGAGAGAAGUGAAAAUUGUUGGUUAGAAAUCAUUUGAAAAUAUUAUUAUUAAGGCUAUAGAGUUAAAAGACAAUGUGGGCCAGCAGAAGUGCAAAGAUUUGUUUAUGCACGUAAAGAAAUAAGAGAACCCAAGUGAUGUCUCUUUUUAAGGCUCGUGAUUGGUGGAGAGUAUCAUGUGGCUCAGAAGAGGAUUUUGACAAAGGUUGCCUAUGUGUUGCAAAUAUUGACAACAGCAAAGAGGGAGCAGAUAAGAUCAUUGUUGGAAGCCAUGGAGGAGCCUUGAGAGUGUACAGUCCUCAUCCUUCAACACAAGAAGAUGGUUCUUUGAGUGGUUUCAGGCCAGAUGAACUCCUGCUAGAAAGCCAGCUCCAUCUCCCCAUUCUACAAGUGGCAAGUGGCUGUUUUGUGUCGUCUUCUAGUCAGCUUCACCUAGCAGUUUUACACCCCAGGAAGCUAUCUGUCUACACCAUAUCGGUUAUUAGUGGUGCAGUGGAUCAUGGUACUCACUAUUACUUAUCAUUGACUUAUGAACAUAACCUACAACGAAGUGCUUACUGCAUGGUUACAGGACACUUUGGUGGUGUGAAAGGUGAGGUAGCUCAGGCUGACUGGUUGUUUAGUCUUGGAGAAGCAGCCCUAGACCUCUUUGUUGCAGAGUUCAGUAACGCACCAUCUACAAUAUUUGUCUUGGGAGAAAGAAACAUCUUUGCUUUUAAAGAAAGUGGAAUUUUACGGUAUAUGAAAAAGGUUGAUUACAAUCCAAGUUCCUUUCUUCCCUAUGAGAGCUCCAAAGAAGAUAGUAUUUUCAACCUAGUAGCAACAAAUACCAGAACUUUGCUAGUGUAUGAAGACAUGACCUUACGUUGGGCUGCCCAAGUACCAUUUGUACCAGUUUGUAUCCAACGGGCAAAUUUUAUAGAUCUCAAAGGGGUGGUGGUUAUUCUGUCCGAGUCUGGAGACUUAUUAUGUUGUUACCUCGGCACUGAUCCUUCAUUCUUUGUUGCUCCAUCGCCCGAAUCUCGAGAAAUUGACUUUGAAGAAGCUGAACAAGAAAUGCAGGAACUAAAGAAGAUUAUUAAAAAUUCUAGUCAAAAUUUCCCUGGAAAUACACGGUUAGAACAGGAGCUCACCGUACACAUUUCUGUAGCUUCUCAGGUGGACAUUGUUCCAGUGGAUGAAAAUUAUGAAUCAGAUGAACAAGAAAAUGCACCAGUAGUAACUGUCAAGGUGCAGAUAAAGACAACAACAACAGUCAGAGAUGUGAGACUUAUGUUUGAUGUUCAGAGACCUCUGGUUGUGUCACAGAAAGUCUUCAGUUUUGGAUCGAUAUCAGAAUUCUUUCAAGCCAUGGUUUCAGUAAGAAUGAACGAUUCCCAUAUACCCGUGAGCUUGAAGUUAAGAGUUUUGGUUGCAUACAUUAAUAGUGGAGGAGCUCCUAGAAUUACUGAAAGUUCUGCAGAUCUUCCUCUCCGAUUGGUUGUUAAGCCUUGUCCACCAGAGAAGAAUGCCACUCACAAGUUAACGAUUGACACUAACAAACCAGCGGUUGCCAUCAAUGACUUGUUUCCAGACUUGUAUUUUGAAAAAGCAGAAAAAAAUAUAUUUUGUGCUCUGUCUGUAUCUUUGUUACAUGUUAUGGGUGAUUCUUCGACCAAUACCAUUAAUGCUCUGUCUGUAUCUUUGUUACAUGUUAUGGGUGAUUCUUCAACCAAUACCAAUAAUGCUCUGUCUGUAUCUUUGUUAGAUGUCAUGGGUGAUUCUUCGACCAGUACCAGUAAUGCCAUGGGAUUUGAAUUUCUUGGAGGUCAGCAAGUCACAGUACUUGCUUCAAAAACUUCUCAGCGUUAUAGAUUACAAAGUGACAGCUUUCCUGCUCUGUGGCUGUUAAUCUCCGAGUUAAUGAAACGGCUGCACAGACACUUCAAACAUGGUAGCGGGGGCGAUGUUAAGUUAUCAUAUUCUUCAAACAUUCCACUGCAAGAGUAUUUUGAAGUUAUAAAAGAACACUUGGAGUGUCGACAUUCGUUGCAGAAGUCACAAGAACUAUUAGGUCAACAAGCAGCUCAGUAUCGGGCUGUCCAGAAACGACUACUCACGAAACUGAAGGAUAAAACACCCACACCUUUAAAUAACAUUGAUUCUCUUCUAGAAGCUACUCACAGACAGAUACUGUCGUUGACUGAGACAGCGGAGGAUAACCUGCGGUCUCUUGAAGCGUCAAGCUGUAGCCUUAGCUGUAGCACUUUUCUAGUCCUGACACUGCUCCGACUUAGCAUUCAUAUGUCUGAUGAAGAGUUCAGUGUCCUCCAGGCUGCCCUGACCCCUAACGUUCAUGCUGACUGUGAUGAGGUAAGAUUAAGCAUUCUUUACUUAAAUCAAGUGUGUGUGGUAUUUAUGUUAAUAAAGUUUGAAUGUAUAAAAUUAGGUUUCGUUUGAAUUAUUGAUGAUUGG